UUAUUUGCAGUAUGAUCACGUGGCCGAGGUUCAUAACGCUCCGACUUUCCUCCUCACAUUGAGAACGGGAUAUUAUCAUGGGCGAGAUGUUUCUCAGUUGUUCCGAAACCUUUCCCGUUGACAUUAUAAGGUUACGACCGUCUUCGUCGUCAACGUGUCUGUUGUAAGCGACGUGGGGGCGUUAUAUCUGCUUCACAGGGCUGUGCUCCUUUGCAUCUCCAACAAAAUGCUUUGUCAGCGGGCCUUACUGUCUGAGAGUGAGCCAGAUAAUAAACCCAGCCUACUGUAGUGGUCAUUACCUCUAUUCAGCACUGCACAACACGAUGUUCCAGAUUGCUUUGUCAAAUAGCACCUGAGAGAAUAGAACACCAGAACAGAGCACAACACCAUAUCAGCUGCCAAGCAGUGAAACAUUGACUCACCUGAGCAGCGCAAUGUUGUCAAUGAACAAGCUGUUUAAUUACGGUUGCUUACAGUCUUUGGCCACUUACUCAAGCAUGCAACUGGAAGUUUCGUCCUUUUCCCAAUGGUUAUCUGGAUCACUCACUUCUAAGUAGUGCGUGUUCAUAUUACAUACAUCAUUUUGAUUAUGACAUUCUUUCUCUGAGGUCCAGUCCAAUCUUUUGUCAGGUUGGAUUCAUCUGAACAAUAACCCAUUGUGAGCCAUAACAGAGACAGCCUUCUGCAACAAUGUCCAGGUCAGGAGAUAUACCAGCUCUGGAGUCUGGGACCCCAGAGGGGCUCCUGGGAGGCAUGUCCCUGCCCAUUGGCAUGACCCGCCGUGCAAUGAGCUAUGAUGACAACAUGGAGGCGCCCAUGUCGCCCCCUCCCUCUGACAUCAACAUCAACAACCUAUGGGGGAGGAGGCCCAUGGUACCAGACAGGAGGUUCAGUCAUCUGGCUGAGGAGGAUGAAUCUGGAAAUGCCCUGACCCAUGCUGCCAUGUUUGACGCUGGCCUCAGGCCACAUAUGCCAGUAGUGGUGAAAGCCAAAGCCUCCUCCAUCAUUUUGAAUUCUCUGAUGACCAAGCAAACCCAGGACAGCAUGUACAGGUUUGAGCAGCAGGCUGGGCUGAGAGACACUGUCUACACGCCCCACAAGGGCCUCACUUCUGAGGAGACCCGCCAUCACCACCGCAUGCCAGAGUCAUUCCAUAAAAUGAAUAUUCAAAGUAUGGACAUGGGAGCAGGACAUAAGGGAGGACAUGAGGACAAGCAAACAUCAUCUGCUCAGUCCACCCCGAAUAGCACUCCUCAGAGUUCACCCAAACAGAAACGCAGGGGCUGGUUCACCAGCCAGAGCUCAACUGUCACUAGCUCAGACCUCAGUACCAGCUCUAAUACCAGUGUGGACAUGGGUGCUGGUGAGGGGGGAGGAGCAGUCGAACGCUGGGGUGUCUUUGGACCACGUCUGGUGGUCCAGAAAUCCAUUACCGACACCGGUGCGGACCACACAAGCACAGGGGGUUUUGCUCUCCAGUCGUACCGCGGGGCCCAGAAGCCCACCCCCAUGGAGGUGAUGAAGGCCCAGGCCACUCGGUUGGCUGAUGACCCUGCUGUCGACAAACAGGCCCCACCCAAGAUGGAGAUCCCCACCAUGGAGGGCAGUAGACGGUCCGCCCGGCCGCACAAACUCAAACCUCGAGACAUGAACAUCCUCACUCCCUCAGGCUUCUGAGUGGUACCAUGUCAUCACUACUCCCUAAUGUUCUACUUGUCAAGUUGUCGUAGCUGGUCUACCCUCUUUCCUCUCCUGACUUUUCAUGAUCUGAAAUGAGGUCCCUUUAAUGUAUGUGACUGAAUCUGAGAACCUUCACAAUUUCCAAAAAGAAAAGCAUCCUGUUGUUUGAUACUAUAGUAUUUGGUUUUGAAGUUUUCCUCCCUUGCACUAAAAUAGUCGGGGUUUUUUGGUUUCUAUUUGUGUGAUAAAGUUAUUGUGCCAUGUUGAUUUUGUUUUGCCUCAUCCUUUGUCUUGUAAUGGAACUGUGUAUUUUUACUUUGUAUUUAUGGUCCAACUGUGAAAACGUUCUGAUACAUGACGGUGUGCAAAUAGUUACUCUCACUGUUUGAUGAAAAAAAAACGUAACGGCCACACUGUGUAGUGGUUUGAUCAUUCUGUUUGCUUGUGAAUCUCAUUCUCCAGAAGUAUCGCUAGCUUUUCAUUGUCUGCAGAUUUAUAUGCCGAUAAGAUCUAAUGAUUCUCAUUGUCAUGUCUCCCAAGAACUUUGUGGUGAUUAUUGUUCACCCUCGAUGAAGUGUGGUUUUUGUGCAUCCGCAUUCUUCCUGUCAAGAUGGCCCUUUUGAAGUUAAAACACUGCUAGUAAAACACUGCAGUAGAAUAUUAAUAUGACAUGUUACAUAUUUACCAGUGAAGUAUGUAAUGAUUUGACUAACCCUGUUCAGGUGUUUUUCUAUUUA